AUGAAAAGUUACAUAUUCUAUACAUUUUUAGGUUCAAGCUAUAUUCCAAGCUUAAGCAGUUCAAAAUCUAGUAGAUUGAGUUCAAGCAGUUCCAGCUCUAGUAGCUCAAGCUCAAGUAGCUACAGUUCAAACUGUUUUAUUAGUCCAAGCUCCAGUUCAAGUUCAAGUAGGUCAAGUAGCUCUAGUUCAUGUUCAAGCUUAAGUAGUUCAAGUGAUUCAAAUUCUAGCAGCUCAAGUUCAAGCUGUUCAAGCUCUAGUUCAAGCUCAUGCAGCUCAAGUUCAAGCAGUUCAAGUUCCAGUAGCUCAAGCAGUGCAAGUUCUAGUAGCUCAAGUAGUUCAAGUUCCAGUAGCUCAAGCUCAAGCAGUUCAAGUUCUAUUCAAGUUCUAGUAGCUCAAGCAGUUCAAGUUGUAGUAGCUCAAGCUCAAGCUCAGCUCAAAAGCAGUUCUAGUAGUCAAGCAGUUCAAGUUGUAGUAGCUCAAGCUCAAGCAGUUCAAGUUCUAGUAGCUCAAGCUCAAGCAGUUCAAGUUCAAGCUGAAGGAUACUGUCACUCUAAAAGUUCAAGCUCUAGUUCAAGUUCAAGUAGCUCAAGCUCAAUCUCUAGUAGCUCCAGCCCAAGUUCUAGUAGCUCUAGUUCAAGUUCAAGCAGUUCAAAUAGCUCAAGUUCAAGCAGUUCAAGUAGCUCAAGUUCAAGCAGUUCAAGUUCAUGCAGUUCAAGCUCUAGUAGUUCAAGCAGUUCAAGUAGUUCAAGCUCCAGUUCAAGCAGUUCUACUUCUUGUAGCUCUAGCUCCAGCUCAAGUAGCUCAAGCUCAAGUUCAAGUAGUUCAUGCUCUAGUAGCUCCAGCUCAAGUUCAAGCUCUAGUAGCUCCAGCUAUAGUUCAAGUAGCUCAGCUCAAGCUCUAGUUCAAGUAGCUCAAGUAGUCAAGCUCAAGCAGCUCAAGCUCUACUCAAAGCUCAAAGUUCAAGCAGCUCAAGCUCUAGCUUCAAGCAGCUCAAGCUCUAGUUCAGUAGCUCAAGUUCAGUUCAGCAGCUCUAGCUCAAGUCAGCUCAAGUUCAAGUUCAACUCAAGCUCUAGUAGUUCAGCUCAAGUUCAAGUAGCUCAAGCUCAAGUUCAAGCAGCUCAAGCUCUAGUUCAAGCAGCUCAAGCUCUAGUAGCUCCAGCUCUUCAAGUAGCUCAAGCUCUAGUUCAAGCAGCUCAAGCUCUAGUUCAGCUCAAGUUCAGCUCAAGCUCUAGUUCAAGUAGCUCAAGCUCUAGUUCAAGUAGCUCAAGCUCUAGUUCAACUCAAGCUCUAGUUCAAGUAGCUCAAGUUCAAGUAGCUCCAGCUCUCAGUAGCUCAAGCUCUAGUUCAAGCAGCUCUCAAGUAAGCUCUAGUUCAAGCAGCUCAAGCUCUAGUUCAAGCAGCUCAAGCUCUAGUUCAAGCAGCUCAAGCUCUAGUUCAAGUAGCUCAAGCUCUAGUUUAGCUCUAGUUCAAGUAGCUCAAGCUCUAGUUCAAGUAGCUCAAGCUCUAGUUCAAGUAGCUCAAGCUCAAGUUCAAGCAGCUCAAGCUCUAGUAGCUCAAGCUCUAGUUCAAGCAGCUCAAGCUCUAGUAGCUUCAGCUCAAGCUCUAGUUCAAGUAGCUCAAGCUCAAGUUCAAGUAGCUCAAGCUCUAGUUCAAGUAGCUCAAGCUCAAGUUCAAGCAGCUCAAGCUCUAGUUCAAGUAGCUCAAGUUCAAGCAGCUCAAGCUCUAGUAGCUUCAGCUCAAGUUCAAGUAGCUCAAGCUCUAGUUCAAGCAGCUCAAGCUCUAGUAGCUUCAGCUCCAGCUCUAGUUCAAGUAGCUCAAGCUCUAGUUCAAGCAGCUCAAGCUCUAGUAGCUCAGCUCAAGUUCAAGCAGCUCAAGCUCUACUCAAGCUCUAGUUCAAGUAGCUCAAGCUCUAGUUCAAGCAGCUCAAGCUCUCAAGCAGCUCAAGCUCUAGUUCAAGCAGCUCAAGUUCUAGUAGCUCCAGCUCAAGCUCUAGUAGCUCCAACUCAAGCUCUAGUAGCUCCAGCUCAAGUAGCUCAAGCUUUAGUAGCUCCAGCUCAAGUAGCUCAAGCUCUAGUUCAAGCAGCUCAAGCUCAAGUAGCUCAAGCUCUAGUUCAAGCUCAAGUUAGCUCAAGCUCUAGUUCAAGUAGCUCAAGUUCAAGCAGCUCAAGCUCUAGUUCUCAAGCUCAAGUAGCUCCAGCUCAAGUAGCUCAAGCUCUAGUUCAAGUAGCUCAAGUUCAAGCAGCUCAAGCUCUAGUAGCUCCUGCUCAAGCAGCUCAAGCUCUAGUUCAAGCAGCUCAAGCUCAAGUAGCUCAAGCUCUAGUUCAAGUAGCUCAAGUUCAAGCAGCUCAAGCUCUAGUUCAAGUAGCUCAAGUUCAAGCAGCUCAAGCUCUAGUUCAAGCAGCUCAAGCUCUAGUAGCUCUAGCUCAAGUAGCUCAAGCUCUAGUUCAAGUAGCUCAAGUUCGAGCAGCUCAAGCUCUAGUAGCUCCUGCUCAAGCAGCUCAAGCUCUAGUUCAAGUAGCUCAAGUUCAAGCAGCUCAAGCUCUAGUUCAAGUAGCUCAAGUUCAAGUAGCUCAAUUAGCUCAAACUCAUGCAGCUCCAGCUCUAGUAGCUCUAGUUCAAGCAGUUCAAGUUCUAGCAGUUCAAGUUCAAGCAGUUCAAGUAGCUCAAGUUCAAGCAGUUCAAGUAGUUCAAGCUCUAGUAGUUCAAGCAGUUCAAGUUGUUCCAGCUCAAGCAGUUCAAGCUCCAGCACAAGUAGCUCAAGCUCAAGUUCAAGUAGCUCAAGCUCAAGUUCAAGUAGCUCGAGCUCAAGUUCAAGUAGCUCAACUUCAAGUUCAAGUAGCUCAAGCUCUAGUAGCUCCAGCUCAAGUUCAAGCAGCUCAAGCUCUAGUAGCUCCAGCUCAAGUUCAAGCAGCUCAAGCUCUAGUAGCUCCAGCUCAAGUAGCUCAAGCUUACUCAAGCUCUAGUAGCUCCAGCUCAAGUUCAAGCAGCUCAAGCUCUAGUAGCUCCAGUCAAGUAGCUCCAGCUCAAGUUCAAGUAGCUCCAGCUCAAGUUCAAGUAGCUCCAGCUCAAGUUCAAGUAGCUCUAGCUCAAGUUCAAGUAGCUCAAGCUCAAGUUCAAGUAGCUCAAGCUCUAGUAGCUCCAGCUCAAGUUCAAGUAGCUCAAGCUCUAGUUCUAGCAGUUCAUGUUCAAGCAGUUCAAGUAGCUCCAGCUCCAGCUCUAGUAGUUCAAGCUCAAGUUCUAGUCUGGAUCAGCUAUGACUACAUAUCCCCAUCUCCUAUAUCAUUUGUUCAAGUUCCAGUUCAAGUAGUUCAAGCUCAAGCAGUUCAAGUUCUAGUUCAAGCAGUUCAAGCUCUAGUUCAAGUUCAAGCAGUUCCAGUUCCAGUUCAAGUUCAAGCAGUUCCAGUUCUAGUAGCUCAAGUUCAUGUAGCUCCAGCUCAAGCUCUAGUAGUUCCAGUUCAAGCAGUUCAAGUUCUAGUAGCUCAAGCUCAAGUAGCUGCAGUUCUAGUAGUUCCAGCUCUAGCUCUAGUAGUUCCAGUUCAAGCAGUUCAAGUUCUAGUAGCUCAAGCUCAAGUUCUAGUAGUUCAAGCUCAAGUUCUAGUAGUUCAAGCUCAAGCAGUUCAAGUUCUAGUAGCUCAAGUUCAAGCUCUAGUAGUUCAAGCUCAAGCUCAUUCAAGUUCUAGUAGCUCAGUUUCAGCAGUUCAAGUUCUAGUAGUUCAAGCUCAAGCAGUUCCAGUAGCUCAAGUUCAAGUUCUAGUAGUUCAAGCUCAAGUUCUAGCAGUUCAAGCUCAAGCAGUUCCAGUAGCUCAAGUUCAAGUUCUAGUAGUUCAUGCUCCAGCAGUUCAAGCUCAAGUUCAAGCAGCUCUAGUUCAAGUUCAAGCUCUAGUAGUUCAAUUUCAAGCUCUAGUAGUUCAAGUUCAAGCUCUAGUAGUUCAAGUUCAAGCUCUAGUAGUUCAAGUUCAAGCUCUAGUAGUUCAAGUUCAAGCUCUAGCAGUUCAAGCUCUAGUAGUUCAAGCUCUAGCAGUUCAAGCUCUAGUAGUUCAAGCUCUAGUAGUUCAAGUUCAAGCUCUAGUAGUUCAAGUUCAAGCUCUAGUAGUUCAAGUUCAAGUUCUAGCAGUUCAAGUUCAAGCUCUAGUAGCUCCAGCUCAAGCAGUUCAAGUUCAAGCAGUUCAAGUUCAAGCAGUUCCAGUAGCUCCAGCUCCAGCUCUAGUAGCUCCAGUUCAUGCUCUAGUAGUUCAAGCUCAAGUAGCUCCAGUUCAAGCUCAAGUAGCUCCAGUUCAAGUUCUAGUAGCUCCAGCUCCAGCUCAAGUAGCUCCAGCUCCAGCUCAAGUAGCUCCAGUUCAAGCUCUAGUAGUUCAAGCUCAAGUAGUUCCAGUUCAAGCUCUAGCAGCUCUAGUUCAAGCUCUAGUAGUUCCAGCUCAAGUUCUAGCAGCUCAAGCUCCUGUUCAAGUUCAAGCAGUUCAAGUUCAAGCAGCUCAAGCUCUAGUUGUUCAAGUUCUAGUAGUUCCAGUUCAAGCAGUUCCAGCUCUAGUAGUUCAAGUUCAAGUAGCUCCAGCUCAAGUAGUUCUAGCUCAAGCUCUAGUAGUUCCAGCUCAAGUAGUUCAAGUUCCAGCAGUUCAAGCUCCAGCUCAAGCUCAAGCAGUUCAAGUAGCUCUAGUUCAAGUUCAAGCAGUUCAAGUAGCUCUAGUUCAAGUUCAAGCAGUUCAAGUAGCUCUAGUUCAAGUUCAAGCAGUUCAAGUAGCUCUAGUUCAAGUUCAAGCAGUUCAAGUAGCUCUAGUUCAAGUUCAAGCAGUUCAAGUAGCUCUAGUUCAAGUUCAAGCAGUUCAAGUAGCUCUAGUUCAAGUAGCUCUAGUUCAAGUUCAAGCAGUUCAAGUAGCUCUAGUUCAAGUUCAAGCAGUUCAAGUUCUAGUAGCUCCAGUUCAAGCAGCUCAAGCUCUAGUUCAAGUAGUUCUAGUUCAAGCAGUUCAAGCUCAAGCAGUUCUAGCUCCAGCAGCUCAAGUAGUUCAAGUUCUAGUAGCUCAAGCUCUAGUUCAAGUUCAAGCAGUUCCAGUUCAAGUAGUUCUAGCUCAAGCAGCUCAAGUUCAAGCAGCUCAAGUUCAAGCAGCUCAAGUUCUAGCAGCUCUAGCUCCAGUAGCUCAAGUUCAAGUAGCUCCAGCUCAAGCAGUUCAAGUUCAAGCAGUUCAAGCUCAAGCAGUUCUAGUUCAAGCAGUUCAAGUUCUAGCAGUUCCAGCUCAAGCAGCUCAAGCUCUAGUAGUUCCAGUUCAAGCAGCUCAAGCUCUAGUAGUUCCAGUUCAAGCAGUUCAAGUUCUAGUAGCUCCAGCUCAAGCAGCUCAAGUAGUUCUAGCAGUUCCAGCUCAAGCAGUUCAAGUUCCAGCAGUUCAAGCUCUAGUAGCUCCAGUUCAAGUUCUAGCAGUUCAAGCUCAAGUUCCAGCUCGAGUAGCUCUAGUUCAAGCAGUUCAAGUUCUAGUAGCUCUAGCUCAAGUAGUUCCAGUUCAAGCAGUUCAAGUUCUAGUAGUUCCAGCUCAAGUAGUUCCAGUUCAAGCAGCUCAAGCUCUAGUAGUUCCAGUUCAAGCAGUUCAAGUUCUAGUAGUUCCAGCUCAAGCAGUUCAAGUUCUAGUAGUUCCAGCUCAAGUAGUUCCAGUUCAAGCAGCUCUAGCUCAAGUAGUUCCAGUUCAAGCAGCUCAAGUUCUAGUAGUUCCAGCUCAAGCAGUUCAAGUUCUAGUAGUUCAAGUUCCAGUUCCAGUUCAAGUAGUUCUAGUUCAAGUAGUUCCAGUUCAAGCAGCUCAAGCUCUAGUAGUUCCAGUUCAAGCAGCUCAAGCUCUAGUAGUUCCAGUUCAAGCAGUUCAAGCUCUAGUAGUUCCAGUUCAAGCAGCUCAAGCUCUAGUAGUUCCAGUUCAAGCAGUUCAAGCUCUAGUAGUUCCAGUUCAAGCUCAAGCUCUAGCUCAAGCAGUUCAAGUUCUAGUAGUUCAAGUAGUUCCAGUUCAAGUAGCUCUAGUUCAAGUUCAAGCAGUUCCAGUUCAAGUAGCUCUAGUUCAAGUUCAAGCAGUUCCAGUUCAAGUAGCUCUAGUUCAAGUUCAAGCAGGUUCAAGUAGCUCUAGUUCAAGUUCAAGCAGUUCCAGUUCAAGUAGCUCUAGUUCAAGUUCAAGCAGUUCCAGCUCAAGUAGCUCUAGUUCAAGUUCUAGUUCAAGCAGUUCAAGUUCUAGUAGUUCCAGCUCAAGCAGUUCAAGUUCAAGUAGCUCCAGUUCAAGUAGCUCUAGCUCAAGUUCAAGUAGUUCAAGCUCUAGUAGUUCCAGUUCAAGUAGUUCCAGUUCAAGCAGUUCAAGCUCUAGCAGUUCCAGUUCAAGUAGUUCAAGCUCAAGCAGUUCAAGUUCUAGCAGUUCAAGCUCCAGUUCAAGUUCAAGCAGUUCGAGUUCAAGUAGCUCUAGUUCAAGCUCUAGUAGUUCCAGUUCAAGCAGUUCAAGCUCAAGUAGUUCCAGUUCAAGCAGUUCAAGUUCUAGUAGUUCCAGUUCAAGUAGUUCAAGCUCUAGCAGUUUUAAGAAUUUCUAUUUUUCCUUAUAUAUCGAGCUCCAAACUCUUGAGCACCCUAGGUUAUGGUAUCAGAGUUCUGUUAGAGGUUCAACAUCUGGCAUUUCCAGUUGUAGCUCAAGUUAUUCAGCUCUUCCGUGCUGCAGUAGCUCAGACAGUUUUAUCCCUAGUAGCUCCAGAAGCUCAAGUAUCUCAAUCUUCAGUAGUACAAGUUGUUCAAGCAUCAUUCCUUCUCUCAGUCCAAGCUCUAUCAGCAGCUUAGAAAGCAGUUUGAGCUCAGAAUCAAGUAGCAUUUCCAGUAAUUUACCCCCUUCCAUCACAAGUUCGAUAUCAGGCAUUUCCAGUUUUAGUUCAAGUUAUUCAGUUCUUCCAUGCUCCAGUAGCUCAAAUAGCUCUAUCUCUAGUAGCUCCAGAAGCUCAAGUAUCUCAGUCUUCAGUAGUAUAGGUUGUUCAAGCAUCAUUCCAUCUAUCAGUCCAAGCUCUAUCAGCGGCUUAGAGUGUUCUAUACCUGGCAUUUCCAGUUGUAGUUCAAGUUACUCAGUUCUUCCAUGCUCCAGUAGCUCAAAUAGCUCUAUCCCGAGUAGCUCCAGAAGCUCAAGUAUCUCAGUCUUCAGUAGUAUAGGUUGUUCAAGCAUCAUUCCUUCUAUCAGUCCAAGCUCGAUCAGCAGCUUAGAAAGCAGUUUGAGCUCAGAAUCAAGUAGCAUUUCCAGUAGUUUAUCUCCUUCCGCCCCUUCAAGUGCCAUCACAAGUUCAGCAUCAGGCAUUUCCAGUUUUAGUUCAAGUUAUUCUGUUCUUCCAUGCUCCAGUAGCUCAAACAGAUCUAUAAGCUCAAGUAUCUCAGUCUUCAGUAGUUUAGGUUGUUCAAGCAUCAAUCCUUCUAUCAGUCCAAGCUCUAUCAGCAGCUUAGAGAUAUACUAUGCUAUUAUCUCUACAAAUCUGAAAAAAACAUAUAAAUUGUAA